UUUAGUUUAUUUAUCUCGGAAAAGUGAGCAGAAUUCCUGCUUAGUGAGUGUAUCUCUAAACCUGUAUUGAAAGUGUGUGAGCCUUUCCAUCACAUCCUUGGAAUGUGUAUGUCGUAUUUACUGAUGAAUUCCUGAACACACUGAGUUCCUGGUCCAGUUUGCAUUCCAACCCUUGGUAGGUUCCUCGGGAGGUGCAACUGCUGCUGACUUGAACUGUGUCCGCUGAGAUAACAGAAGAAUGCCACUCACCGCCUCCACAAGACCUUUCUCGGAGGCCUUAGAAGGAAACAAGGGCCUCUGCAUAGUUUAAUAAAACACACUCAGCCCUCAGUGUUCCAGAGGAUUAGGAACUCCCUUUCUUUAAAAAGAAUUGAGGCCAACAAGGCUCGCCAGGUUUCUGUGUCAUGUGUUACCGAGGCAACUCAGGGUGGAGACGGUGAGGAGGGGGAGGCUUGUCAACAACACUGUUAUAGAGGCGUGAUGAGUCCGGCCUGGUGAAGACACACACACACACCUCCUGUUACACAGGCACGUGACGUCCGGUCAUCUUACCUGAAGCCUGGCUCACACGGGGGUGACAUUGGCAGAUAAAGCUGGGCCUGAGGGGCGCGAUAAACCAGGGACACACCCAGUCUGUUCUCUCACUCUGAUCCGUGGCAUCACUCAGACACUUCCUCUUUGAUGCGAUGCCCCCUAGUGGCUUGUCUUUAUUCUUUAUUUUCGAACGAGGGAAACUCACCCGCGUCAUGAUCCCCCAUCGUUAAAGCGCUGAUUGCCUACAAAGCACGAGUGCAUGUUGAGAACGUCCCGUUAGUUUUCAAAUUAAAAGCGUCGACUAGCGUCAACGCUUUUUAAUGUUCUUAAAGCAGUUUUUUUUAAACCGCUUCAGUCUAGCAUUUGUUUAGUUUUUCAUUUUUUCAUUUAUGAAUAGAAAUAACUACCUCGGAAUAAUAACUAAACUUGGUUUAUAAGGAAAUCCGACGGUCGUAGUUUGUGGGAAAUUAUGGCGUUAUUAUUGACAAUACAAUUUUGAAUGACAUGUCAUUUGAAGCUGGGGGCAUUAUUGUUCAUAUCAUCUGUACACUUUUUAGAAAACAAAGUGGAAUGGUGCUGAAAGGCAAAAAUCUAAUCUCGUCAUUUGAGAACUGGGGCACCUACGAGGCUAAAAUGUAUUUAAUAUUCUGUUUCAACCACUGUCAGACCAUUAUCGAAAUGCUACAGUGUUAUGCCAUUCUUCUGUUAUUUACUAUUAUUCAAAGUCAUACUCCAAAAUUAGCACUGAGUAUAAUGAUUCCAAGUUUAAAACAACGCAAAAACCAUAUAAAAACCGCAAACAAAACUAAGUAUUGUAUUUUCAUGAGUGUCACACAAUAAUAUACUGUAUUUAAAUGCAAUUUCUAGUAUUACAAAUAUUUGGUUACAAAUAUAAAUGGAUAAUUACCCGUUGUUGUUUCCGUAAAGUAUUUUGUUAUGUGAAAGAAAGCAGGCAACAUAUCAACCGUCCUCGUCGCCCAUGCUUUUAAUUUGACGGCCUUUUCUCCACUUCCGCAGCUCUUUACGGUUACCUUGACAUUCGACGGCAGGCGUGUAGUAAGUGGGAGGACCUGAGUGGACCGACACCGAGACUGUCCCGCACCUAGUUCUGACAGUCUGUGUUGCCUGAGUGAGGAGAAAGAGUCUAGUUCUACUGGAUCUGCUCAUGGAGGCUGGUACAGCAAAGUUCCGACGCUGGAGCUUCACUCUGGCACUGCUCACGUGUGUCUUUGUCGCGGAGGUCGCAGCUGACUGUCCGAUGCCACAAGUGAAUUUUCGGGACGACAAAGGACUGAUCCUAACUGACGAAACUAUUUUGAUGUCGAGCUUCCCAGAGGGUGUGAAGAUCACGCUGGAGUGUGCCCGCGGUCGUUUUCAUGCCAAUGGCUCUGCAACUGCGACCUGUGUGGACGGAAAAUGGGCCGAACCAGAUAUGGUCUGCAAAAAGAGGGACUGUGGUGUUCCCGAAACCAUACCCAACAUGAACUUCGACUUCAGCGAAGGGACUCUUUUUGGUGCUGCCAUAAAAGCCACAUGUAAGGAAGGUUACCGCAUUGAGGGAGUAAGCUACUUGGAGUGCUAUAGUAAAGGGUGGAAAGGAAAAGCCAGCUGUCACCCCGUGACCUGUGCUCUACCAGUUGAAGUGACCAACGGUACCUUCAACUGGGCGUCUUCAGAGAAACCAAAGUAUGGAGACGUCGUUGAAUACUCCUGCGACUAUGGAUAUACGUUGGUUGGGCUUGCAAACUUGAGGUGUACUGAAACUGGAAAGUAUGACGCUGAACCUCCAAAAUGUGAAGACCUUAGAGUUGCAACCACAAACUCUGAAGAUCGACUCACAUCCCAAACCGUACAGACAACUCCAGUAAUGCAAGAAACGACAGCCACUGCUGCUCCCACAACAGCUGACAGAGAUAAAUCACUCACCUCACCAGCAACCCCCAGAGAAGACUUAACCACCGUCAAAAGUCAUUGUCCCAUGUUUAAAGGUAACAGAGGAACAGUGGUGCCAAAUCAGGUCGCAGCUACCCCUGACCCUUCGGCAGCCUUGAAUAUAUUUGGAGCUGACUGUCCGAUGCCACAAGUGAAUUUUCGGGACGACAAAGGACUGAUCCUAACUGACGGAACUAUUUUGAUGUCGAGCUUCCCGGAGGGUGUGAAGAUCACGCUGGAGUGUGCCCGCGGUCGUUUUCAUGCCAGUGGCUCUGCAACCGUGACCUGUGAGGACGGAAAGUGGGCCGAACCAGAUAUGGUCUGCAAAAGAUCGCUCCCUGUGAUCAUCACUGGCGCCGUCGUGGUUCUCCUCAUUGGACUUGCAGCGGGGAUCGUUUUAUACAGGUUUCUUCUGAGGAGAAAAGGCUCAUAUGACACCAGAGAAGACCUGAAGCCGGAGUUAUUAAGUGUCCAAAAUCUUUAGAUUGCCCUCCUCAACCAGAGGUUCCUUCCCAGUGUGUUAAGCUCCAGAAAGGAUGUCAGUCAAUGCAAUUUUUUUUCAAUGAGAGCAACAGAUGGAAUGUAUUUUUGCACUUUGGAUGGCGGAAGAAACAGUCUGCUGAUUGACACAUGGACGAUGGACACACACUGAUACUGAUGGAAAGCACUUUUUUUUAAUGACACUAGUUUUGUUUUCUCAUGUUUUUGUAUCAAGUGAGUAUUUAAUUCUACUGAGGACUUACAUUAUUUAUUGUAUGAACUGGAAGCUGUGGGAUUUUUUUUUAACCGUUUUUUACAUGUCAUGCAAAUGCAAGGGUACAAUGGGGCUAGCUCAGUCUUCAGACGGGCGAUGCUGACUGAUAGAGACACAAUAAACUGUAUUAUUCAGCCUCA